AUGGGUCUUCUCACCAUCAUUCGGAAAAUCAAAAAGAAAGAAAAGGAAAUGAGAAUUCUUAUGGUUGGGUUGGACAAUUCUGGAAAAACUACAAUCGUUUUGAAGAUUAAUGGGGAGGACACUAGUGUCAUCAGUCCUACCCUUGGCUUCAACAUCAAAACCAUCGCCUACCAGAAGUACACUCUAAAUAUAUGGGAUGUUGGAGGCCAGAAAACAAUUUGA